GGGCACUUGGUCACGUAAAGGCACCUUAAUGCGCAGUAGAUUUUGCGCAUGCGCAGGCCUUCUAACCUGAUCAGCUGACUGUGAGUGAGAUGCACUGCUGAAGGACCGUUGAGUCAAAAACCUUUUAUUAUCUACGCUAUGUGCGGGAGGCUGCGACUAUCUAACUGAAAAACACAGUGUGGACCGAAUAUCGAGGCCUUUUAACAAACCGGUAAGUCCAGAAACACACCGAUGAAUGACGUCGUGACGGCGGAAGGCUGCGUUGCAAACAAGCUAGUGUCAGCAGCAGCAGCAGCAAGCUAACGUUAACACUGGAUAUAUUCAGUCACUAACAUAUCAGAUUCAUUACUCUGCCUAAUGCUAACCUUUAAUCAGAGGGUCAUUACUGAAUUAAACCUAAAGUUGAACUGGUCUUAAUCGUCACGUGAUUCUAGAGGUGUUUCAUUAGAGGAUCGUAGAAGUAUUUAGCAUGUCCUUUACAGCUCCAAAACUGAUCAUAUGACAGUCAAUCAGCAGACAGGGAGACUUGUCUGUGUCCACUGUGCCCACUGAUGUAAUCAACCUGAGAGUGUGUAUGUAUGUGUACGUGCGUGUGCGUGUACGUGUAGUUUCCACAUUUUUCUAAGGGAAAAUGUGAAGAAGUUUUAGAGGCAAAAAGGGAACAAGCAGCUUAACGUUAUGGCAAUGGCUAGUUCCGGGACAAUCAUACCUUACAUAGCAGUGUAAAAAUAACUUUAUCAAAGCAAAAGUAGAAUCAGAAUAGUUUGAAUGAUGUUAAAGUCAUGUACUGUGAAAAUUUGACCUUUACUUAUUUAUAAUUUAUAGUAUCACGUUGUAUUAAAGAGGAACUGAACUGAUAAAUUCACAUAAAAUGAUCAAUAAAAUGUUUAAAAGAAGAACUGAACCAAUAAAUUUACAUGAAAUGAUCAUAAAACUGUAUAAAAGAAUUUAACUGAUAAAAUCACAUAAAAUGAUCAUUAAAAUGUUUUAAGUGUCAAAAGUUUCCUAGUUAAAUUUAUAUUAAGGCAUGGUCUUUGUAAGAUGAUGUGAUUUACAGCUAGCAACCAUAAUCAUGUGAUAUUAUGAAGAAAAUAGACUUUUUUGCACCAUGCCUAAAAUGGAAAAUUUAAUACUGUAUUAGCGCAGUAUUUGGGUAAAGGUGAAGCUUAAAGUGGCUGUUUAUUUCCCUAGUAAUCCCAUUAUAUGUGCAGAGUGAAUCUGAAAGCUCUUACCAAGACACAAUGACUUUAUAAGGCAUUUAAUGUUUUGUUUUGUUUUUAAUUGAAGGUGUUUUGCUUUUGAUCAAUCCUGUCAAAUCAAAGUCCCUCAUGUUAUCAAUGCAAAACGUUUAAACCCAGAUGAUCAUGAUACUGUCCACAUCGUCUUAAUACCUCUCCAAACUUCAAGGACAUAGCCAUAGAUAUAGAGAUAGAGAUUUUACUGUUUAUUCGAUCAAAUAUACAUACAGGACAAUUUUAGACAAGAAAUUCACCUAUUUUUGGAGAUCAAAAAGGAGUAGGUAGAAGCUAUCUAGCUCAUUUGUACCUACUCUCAGUCCUUCCUAUUCGUUGACCUUUUACAUGUCUCUAGAAUUUUAGGAUUUCUUAAGUCGCCAAAAAGUAACCAAAGCUCCAAAUUCUAACAUUAGUAACAAAUCAUUAAUACUGAGACAAGGACCUUAAAUAUACAUAUAUACACUGAUACCUAUUUACACAUAUAUACAAAUCUCGAAUCUCUCAUUUGUACCAUACCCGUAUUCAAUAUAAUAAGUGUGACAAAACGAAAAUCACUGAUAUAAGUAAUUUUCGAUCAUACUCUGCUUUAAUUUACUUUACACUGUGCUUUUGUUUUGCUUUGUUUAAUUUCAUUCCACAGCAUCACCCCCACAACAGAGAGACACAUGCUUUUUAGAGUUGUACGAGCGCCUGGUUGUUUUAAAGAUGAAAAACUAGGACAGCGUUUUUCCACAGCUGACAAAUUUUUACUGUCUUAAGCACAUUUAUCCAAUAUACCCAUCUUAAAAAAGCUUUUUCUUUCUUCAUAAUGCUCCUACAGCAACCUACUCAAAUUAGAGGGCAGGUGAACAAACAUCCUACAAGCAACCAUGACAGAAUUCUGGUUGAUCUCUGCUCCGGGGGAGAAGACAUGCCAGCAGACCUGGGACAAGCUGAUGGUGGCGACCACACGAACCAACAACCUCUCUGUGAACAACAAGUUCAACAUCCCUGAUCUCAAGGUCACACACAGCAGUCAUCUGCAGUUGUUGAAACAAUCCUUACACACACGACACAGUUGGUAAUAUUUUGAUUUUUUCCUCAUUCAGGUUGGAACUCUAGAUGUCUUAGUUGGUUUGUCAGAUGAACUGGCUAAACUUGACACUUUUGUUGAAAGGUAAACUUUGAAAUUACCACACAUACUUUGUUUCUGUUUCACUUCAACCAGGAAUAUCCUUAUUUCUUCUUAUUUUUUAUUAUUCUUUGAUUCGCUUGUGUUUCUUUGUGUUUCAGUGUGGUGAAGAAAGUGGCCCAGUACAUGGCUGACGUCCUGGAAGACAGCCGAGACAAAGUCCAAGAGAACCUACUUGCUAAUGGAGGUAAUCACAACUAACAUAGUCUUGAGUGUGAUCACAGUAACUUCAUAGAUAGACAUGACAGAGCACUGUGUGUUCAUGUUUGCAAUCAUUACAAAAUACUAUUCAAAGCCCUUGGUGAUCAAUAAUGACAGUUUCCUUGUUUAUCCUUCUACAGUGGACUUGGUUACCUACAUCACUAGAUUUCAGUGGGACAUGGCCAAAUAUCCGAUCAAACAGUCGCUGAAAAACAUCUCUGAGAUCAUCUCCAAGGUAUGUCAGUGGAAUUUCUGAUAUAUCUCUGCUUAUCAGUUCAAGUUUUAUCGUAAUCGGCAGCAUUGUUCAUUUUAGGAUCACAUUUGUUUGAGAGAGAAAAAAAAUCCUCUUGGAAUAACAAACACAAAAACAGCCCUGAGGCAACUUCUACAAAGUGACAUAUCACAUAAAGAUGCAACUACAAUACAUGUACCGAUAUGUUUAAUACAGAUAAGAAGAAAUCUUUUGUGUUCAUCCUCUUAUAUUUCGUUCCCAGCAAGCGACUCAGAUAGACAACGACCUGAAGGCCAGAGCUUCAGCUUACAACAACCUGAAGGGAAACCUGCAGAACCUCGAGAGGAAGAAUGCGUGAGUUACAUGAUGAUUAUCAUCGUUACAAUAGCUUUUAAUCUUCUAUUUAGCUGUACAUGUCAUCUGAUAGGAGCGAUGUCUAAAGCCAGAUACAGGAUCACCAGCAGCUUAUGGACAUGUUUGUAAUAGACUUGUAUUUUAGUGUUGGUUCUCUUCUAGAUCAACAGAUUAUUAACAGUUUGGUUCAAUCUGUACAGUACAUCUAAAAAUAUACAUUGUGUAUCUGGACUUGAGUUGCACAAAAUCUGAAGUAUGUGUGUUGUCCUGUAGGGGGAGCUUGUUGACCAGGAGUCUGGCUGACAUAGUGAAGAAAGAGGACUUUGUGCUGGACUCAGAGUACCUGAUUACCAUGCUGGUGGUUGUCCCAAAGUAAGUCCACCUUCAUUGAUAUCAAAGGCGUCUGUGUAAAGAGGCAUCAGUGGGAUCUUACUCCAUUCAUACUCCACUGGGCCCGGCCAGUAGGGCCAGGUAGGGGUGCCCAAGGACACUUUGGCAUGUGCACAAUGGGGCCUGGAAUUGACCUUCCAGUUGAGAGAUGACCGACUCUACUUCUGAGGCACAGCCGCCCCUUCCAAUAGCUUACUCAAAGACUUUUGAAAGAGUGGUAUUAUUUACUAUGGUAGCUCCCUCAUGUUAUUGAAUUUAUGUCAGCUAUGGAAUUAUAUGAACACAUGAAAGUAAGACUGCUCUUUUACUGCACUGUUGAGACACUGGAAGGAUUUGGUUGAACUACUCUAACUACUUAAGGUUUAUUUUGUUUCUGUUUUUACAAUGUGCAAAUUUAGCUCAGACUUUUGAAUGAAUGAUACUAUCAUCAAGACUAAACCGAUAAAAAAGAAGACGCUCUUAGAUUAGAACAGACCACUGAAUUUCAUUACAAGCAUAUUGGUAUUCCCCUCAAACUUUACUUCCAUUUCCCUUUUUUCCCUCACCAGGACGGGUUAUGCUGACUGGCAGAAGACGUAUGAAACCCUGGCAGAGAUGGUCGUGCCACGCUCCACCAAGUAAGAGCAAACAGAUGAUUCAUUUGCCAAAUCCUUGACUGAUCAGCCUCAGGAAGAGGUCAUGCAGUCUACUAUAUACUCUCAAAUAACUUUACUAAAACAUCUAGGGGCCUUUAUAUUCUGGGAACAGCUCUUCCUUAAUUCUGGUUUAACUUCAAGCCUGAUUGUUAUGAUCACCCUGUGAGACACAGUUAACUUUUUGACAAUGGGGAUGGAUGAUUUUAAGGUGUUAUGUUCAAGGUGUUUGAUUGACAUGACUCAGCAGACUGUGUUCCUAGAGCAGAUAUGGAGCAAUAUCCUUCAAUUGACUUAGAAACAGGAAACAUCUUAAGGUAGAACAGCAAUGUGAAGGGAGUUUCUCCUUGACUAAGACUGUUCUUGGAUUGUUCCACUGAUGUUGUGCACUGAUAUACAGAGGUAAAGCAGUCUAUACCCUUUAUCGUCCAUGCUUUCAAUGAAACAGCUAUGAAUUGUAAUAGUAAGAGGUCUGGUCUGUAGUCAGCCAUCUCAAAUAAAGGUGGACGUAAUGAUGUAACACCAAAGUCUUUCUCAAAGUCUGUACAAGUUCUUCCACUACCAGAGAAGUCAAACUAUUUCUCAUGAGGAAACGUUUUUUUUCUCACUUUCUGCUCUUAGUGUUGUUGCACCACAUGGUUAAAGUUGAAUUUAAAAUGCUGUGCUAUUUAUCAGAGUUGGAAUACGCAUUGAGAUCAUUUCCUGCAUAUUUCCUUGUCUGGUUGUGGUUGUUUUUAAAGUAUGGGUCCUUGUGUGCUGAUACAUUUUGAAUUUUUAUAGUAUCUCGGUGUGAGAUACUUCUUAGUAACUGGGAAAACUAGCGGUGAUCCUAAUAAAUAAACAAGUAAACUAAGCAUUGUUUAGCUGACACAAUAAUGGCUGUUAAGUUGAUUAUUCAGUCUUGAACAUAUAAACCUAUUUCUUUAUGUUAUCACGAAUAUUAUUACUGUGUAUAUAAUAUAAGAUGUAUACUGGAGGAGCCUGAAGGUGAAAAUAGGCUGUUUAUAUCUUUGAAUAGAAACUUAAAUGACAAAAUAGGAGAAGGUUAUUAUUUUGUCAGACAUUAGAUGUGUGUUUUAUCUUAUAUUAAUGUUAAUCUGUCUCUCUCCCUUCCAGGCUGUUGUUUGAAGACAAUGACAGCGGUCUCUUCAGCGUGACUCUCUUCAGAAAGGCAAUCGAUGACUUCAAGCACAAGGCCAGAGAAAACAAGUAAACUAUUUCAUUAGAGAUUUGAAAUAAUUUUACAUUUUAUUCUAAAAGCUGAUGUGUAAACCUAUCGAGCGUGAGCCUGAAUUUACAGAUGUAUUCGUGAGAGUUCCACUUAGGCUGUGCCUAAUAUUGAGCCUUUAUUAUGGGUUGUUUUUAACCACACAUUGUCUUUGCUUAUCCAUUAUAUUUAUUUAUUAUCUCAGUUUUAGACCCUGAAGUAGGUGACCCAUUUGUGGACAGAGGGACUCUCAUGUUGUGCUCUAAUAAAAACCGCAGUAAAAUAGCAGACGCAAUUUUGUCAACACUCGACAGUCUCUCUAAUUAGCAUUACUCAUUGUGUGAUUUCAUUGUGUGUUUAUGUAUAUGUGUUUUUGUAUGUAGCCUGAUUUUAAGAGAGCACUUCAGUGCGUGUGUAUCUGUGCUCCUGUCUCUGAUUGCUCGCUCUCUGCUGUGUGACCUGACCUCCUAGGUUUACAGUACGUGAUUUCCAGUACAAUGAGGAGGAGAUGAAGGCGGACAAAGAGGAGAUGACACGUUUGUCUACUGACAAGAAGAAACAGUUUGUAUGCUGGCUGUUUUGUUUUACAAACAAUACUACGGGCUGAGUAGAGGAGGGUUUAUUUUUAACAUUUAAUUUGCAUCAUCUCCGUUUCGAUAAAAGCUGAAAAAGGGAAUUAUUUGUCAAUUAUGAACCUCAUUGUUGGGAACAAAAUUAUGAAUGCUAGUUGAAAACAUCACUGAGCAUUAAAAUUCUCCCUCUCUCUAAUCAGGGGCCAUUGGUACGAUGGCUGAAAGUGAAUUUCAGCGAGGCCUUCAUCGCUUGGAUUCAUAUAAAAGCUCUGCGUGUGUUUGUGGAAUCAGUAUUGAGGUGAGUGGGUCGAUGCACUUUUUCCACUCUCAGAUAAAAGCAAGCGGGGGGUUUCAUGUCUCACCAAUGACAGAUGAAAGACGGCCUUACAUAUCUCUUGUGUGUCAUAGAUACGGGCUGCCAGUGAACUUCCAGGCUAUGCUCCUGCAGCCGAACAAGAAGAACAUGAAGAAGCUGAGGGAGGUGCUGUACGAACUGUACAAACACCUGGACAGCAGCGCUGCAAUAAUUGAUGUGAGUAUCUCUAACAUAAACCCUCUAACCAGAGGAGUUUAACCCAGUUCUGUGACAUUUAGAGGAAACGUGGGGGGCUGAGGUCUCCGAUCAUGACCCCCUAAGGGUUUAAGUUAUUGACAUCUUCUUGUUUGCUGUAGAUUGGAAGGACUAAAUCAACCUUUACUUCUGUUGCUUUUAGAAAUGUGACAGAUAUCACCUCAGUUGCCUUAAAUGUUUCAGACUAUUAGUGUAUAAAGUUUAGAAAUAGUAUGAAACGCAUUGUAAUAAUAAACUAGAAAAGCACUCGGAGAGCACAGACCUCCGCCAAGCAGCUCAUGUCCCCCCUUAUAUUGUGAUUCACACCAAAAAUUUUACUGUUACGUGUCUUUUAUUAACGUUUAUUUGUGUUUAAACUGGUAUGUUCACUGUUCAUAAUGUUCCUAAAACAAGAAAUGCACUGACGGGGACUCAAACCCAGAACCUUCUGGCUAUGAGGUGACAGUGCUAACCACUACACCACUGUACCACCCAUCUUCACCACUGUGCCGCCCAUUGCUAAUCUUUCAGCAUUGAAAAUUCCAACGACAGCCUUACUUUUGUGUGUUUGUUAUGGAUCACAGUAUCCAGAAUUUUGUCUGGAUCACCACCAAAAUUUAAUGGGAUCCUCCCGGGGCUGAGAAGCACCUCUGGUAAAAAUUUCAGGUCAAUCCGUCUGUUAGUUUCUCUGUAAUAUUGCUAACAGCCAAACAAACAAACAAACCAACGCUAUCGAAAACAUAACCUCCUUGGCGGAUGUGAAAAAUGGAUACAAACAGCAUCAUAUGUAUUAAAUUCUCGUCUUCUUGUGUCUCCGUAGGCCUCUAUGGACAUCCCUGGACUAAACCUAAGCCAGCAAGAGUACUACCCUUAUGUUUACUACAAGAUUGACUGCAACCUGCUGGACUUCAAAGUCUAACUACGUCGCCAUCGUCGUCAUCAUCAUCUCUGUGGAGUCGUGCGCUGAUGUGACAGUUUCACACCCCCAAGCUUUAAUUUAUUUCCACUCCCACCUUGAUUCCCACCUUUUGUGUUGCCCUGCUCUAUUCCUGGUACAUUCCUCGGUCCAUGUUUAUCAAGUUGUUUGGAAUUUAAGUGCUCUCCGGUGAUUUUUAUUCAUGUUAAAUCGAUCUAAGAUGAGACUGUACGCUGUAAUAUACUCGAUAAAUAUGGGCCCUUGUGUCUUCUUGUUUCCACCAUGCUGUAAAAGUGAAUUUAUCCCCUGUUUACAUCCAUCAAAUGGCUGACAUUCCCUCAUGGUAUCCAAGGACAUGCUCCAGCUUGAGUGUUGUUUUCUACUGUCACCACACUUAAUUCAAAGCCACAAACGCAGUGACACAUGGGGAUAAAUGGGGGGAAAUAAAUGUAUGUUCAAUAUAGUAUUUAUUUAAAGCCUCUAUAAUCAGUGAAUGUGUUUUUUUUUUGUUUGUUCAGUUCUUGAAAGUGCUGUGUUUUUAGCUCUGUGUAAGGAACGUCUGUUUACACGUAGAUGUUGAUCCCUCUGGCUAUAAUCCUGUGACACUCUAAGAAAAGUCAUUUUACAGUAUGAGGAAGAGGUUUGUUUGCUUAAAGUGUGCUCCUUUAAUUUCUGUAUAUGAAGCAGUUUGAGGAAAAUAAUGAUAGCUAUAUGUGCAAAUACUGUAUCGUCAGUAUAAAUGAAAAUUUAACCACAUAUGUAUAAAUAAAUGUGAAGAAUAAAAACUCUAUGUGAAAUAUACCUGAAUUUUGCUUUUUGUUGCACAGCGAAUUCUAUUCACUGAGAUUUCACAAUUAAACACUAACUUUGCUAAAAAA